AUGAAGGAUAAAUGGGAAUGGCCGGCGGUUUCGAACGGAGAUUUCACGGUGAAGAAUAUUAAACGUCUUCUGUAUUUGGAUCAAGAGGCGGCAGACUGUUUUGUCAUGGAUUGGUGCCAGUGGACUCCGGCUAAAUGUAAUAUUCAUGCAUGGUGUAUGGAGAGGGGAAAGAUUCCGACCGGAGUUGCGCUUUUGAAAAGGAACAUUCAUGUUGAAGAUACUCUUUGCCCGCUAUGUAUGUCGGACGAUGAGACUACGGAACAUCUUUUUCUGUCAUGUUUCAUUGCUUCCAAUAUUUGGAAUGGUGUAAGCGCAUGGUGCAAAGUUCCGAAUAUAUUUGCGUUUUCGAUUAAAGACCUCCUUGACUUUCACUUAACAUUAAGAGUUCCAGAGAAGAAAAAGGUAGCGGUUCAAGGCAUCAUCAUUAUUGUCUGUUGGAGUUUAUGGAGGGCCAGGAAUAACGUUAAAUUCUCCAACUUGUCGGUUAAGAUUGAUAGUAUUUUGAGUGAAGUUAAGUCUUUAAGUUUUUUAUGGUUUUCGAAUAGAUCAAAGUUCAAAGGGAUAGGGUGGAGAGACUGA